UCAUUUACCCACAGAAAUAUCACAAAAGAGAUGUUCAUUACUGCACAUUUCUCCUACAAAUAUUUAUGACCUUGCUCACUCUAACACCAUUUCCAUCCUCAAGCAAGAGAAAAAAAAAACAUGCAAAUGCAAAUAAGUUCCUUGCGCACUCAAACUUUCUGGCAUUCACCUGCUCAAAAGUAUGGCCGCCACAUCAUGGCAUUGCCAAGAGCGGCCGCCAUUGCGGCACCGCCUCCCUUGAAAUCCCAGAAAACCCACUCCAUGGCACCAGAAAAGAUCGAGAUUUUCAAGUCACUGGAAAACUGGGCCUCAGAAUGUGUGCUACCGAUGCUGAAGCCAGUAGAACAAUGUUGGCAGCCACAGAAUUUGGUGCCAGACUCAUCGCAACCCUUAGAUGAAUUCACCGAUGAGGUGAAGAAUCUCCGGCAGCGCACUGCGGAGAUUCCGGAUGAUUACUUUGUUGUGUUGGUGGGUGAUAUGAUCACGGAGGAUGCUCUACCUACUUAUCAGAGCAUGAUUAACAACUUAGAUGGGGUUGGGGACGAGAUCGGGUCAAGCCCAAACCCGUGGGCCGUGUGGACUCGAGCUUGGACGGCUGAAGAGAAUAGACAUGGGGAUUUGCUCAGAACUUAUUUGUAUCUUUCGGGUCGGGUUGAUAUGUUGAUGAUCGAAAAAACAGUGCAAUACCUCAUUGGAGCUGGCAUGGAUCCAGGAACCGAAAACAAUCCUUAUUUGGGGUUUGUGUACACCUCAUUUCAAGAACGAGCCACCUUCGUGUCACAUGGAAACACAGCCCGGCUAGCAAAGGAGGGUGGUGAUCCUGUGCUGGCUCGCAUAUGUGGGACCAUAGCUGCAGAUGAAAAGCGCCACGAAAACGCAUAUCAAAAGAUUGUUGAGAAGCUUCUAGAAGUGGAUCCCAGUGAUGCAGUUGUUGCAAUAGGAGACAUGAUGCAGAAAAAGAUCACAAUGCCAGCACACUUGAUGUACGAUGGGAGUGACCCUAAGUUGUUCGAGCACUUCUCCGCCGUGGCGCAGCGAUUGGGCGUGUACACGGCCAAUGAUUAUGCUGAUAUCUUGGAGUUCCUUGUUGGACGGUGGAGAUUGGAGAAGCUAGAAGGAUUGACGGCUGAGGGAAAACGAGCACAAGAUUAUGUGUGUGGGUUAUCUCAGAGGAUCAGGAGGCUGCAAGAGCGUGCUGAUGAGCGAGCACGCAACAUGAAGAAGUCGCAUAGCGUGAAGUUCAGCUGGAUCUUUAACAAGGAAGUGCUUUUGUGAGUUGAGAGUUUAGACAUGAAAAUUAUGUACUAGGCUUUGCUUGCAUCACAAGAAACCUUGGUUGGUAGAGAAAUAUGUGAUAUGGUGGUGUUGGUAGGUGGCACUUAUGCAUGCUAAUAAGAAUGAACAUAGCUUUGUUUGCAAAA